AUGCCCAGCCACCGGGCCGAGCCCACCGGGCGCGUGGCCAAUGCCCUGCUGAGCCUGCUGGCCUCGGUGCUGGCGGAUUACGCGGAUCGCCGGUCGCAGAAUGCCCUGCUGGGCACGGUCAAGGAGCUGGUGCUGAUCAACCCCACGGCCAAUGUGGACCUGCUGGUUGCCUUCCUGCCGCGCCUCUUCAACGGCCCCUUCAAGCCCGGCACGGUCAGCGCGCGGCAGGUCCUCCUGCUGGUCCGUUGGCUGGCGGCGCCGCUCGGCUGGGUGCCGGCCUUCCUGGCGUCGGCCGAGGGCGCGGCCUCCCUGAGUGCCCUGCUGGCGCUGCAGGCCAAGGUGCACGGCGAGCUGCUGGCGUCCGAUGGUUUGGCGGCGGCGCGGCGUGCCUUCCGGCUGAUGGCGGCCCCGCUGGCGGCGGCGCCGUCUGCCACGGCCCUGGUGCCGGCGCUGGCCGACGCGGUGGUCCGCCUGGGCGCCGCGUCGCCGGGGAGCGCCGUGUCGGCCGCCCUGGCCGGCGAGGCCUUCCGAGUCCUGUGCGCCGGGCAGCCGCCCAAGGAUGAGGCCGCGGCCGCGGCUCGCACGGCCCUCAUCGACAAGCUGCUGAUGCAGGUGUUUGCCAAGCACACGCUGGCCACGCGUGUGGCCCUGCCGGACUACCUGGUCCGGCCGUUUGUCCCGCUCUUUGCCCUGGUGGAUGAGGCGCGCGCCGAGGCCCUGGCCGCGCCGCUCGGCAUGGCCCUCUACCGCACGGUGGAGCCCGUGGCCAACGUUGUCAGCCUGGUGUUCAUGCACGCCGGUGUGGAGGCCGGGCUGCUGCUCAGCACCCAGGGCCAGGGCGCCCUGCUGUCGACCGUCCGGUCCAGCAGCGCCAACGCCCGGCAGCUGGGCCUGCAGCUGAUGCGGACGCUGGCCCGGUGGGCGGCGGCCGACCGGCCGCUCGGCCUGGCCGCCACCCUGCUGGCCAUGCUGACCGGCGCCGGGGCCGACAAGCUGACCUCGGUGCAGCAUCGGCAGGCGGCCCUGGAGGCCAUGGAGGCCCUGGUGCCGGAGGCCCUGUCCUCGGGCAGCGAGCAGCCGGCGGCCCUGGCGCGCGGCCUGCUGACCGACGUGCUGGGGCUCCUGGAGAAGGAGCGCAAUGAGGCCAUGGUGGCCGGGCUGCUGCAUGUGGCCGGGCGCCUGCAGGGGCUCCUGGGGUCGGAUCUGUUGCCGGGGUUUGUGACCGCCUGCCAGACGGCCCUCAAGGGGAGCAAGUCGACCGGGCGCGAGCCGGCCCUGGUGGCCCUGGCCCAUGCGGUGGCCGGGUCCUCCGGCAUGCUGGGGCCGGCCCUGGCCGAGGGGCUUCUGCCGCGGCUGGGGGACCUGCUGCCGGAGGCGGCUGCGGCCGCCAUCGCCGGUGCCGCCGGGCCCGGGGAGUUCCUGCUGCUGGCUCGGCUGGCGGCCCUGGCCCCGGUGGACUUGCUGGAGCCGCUGGUGGCCCGGCAUCCGGAGCUGCUGCUGACCUGCUCGUCGAAGGCCACGGCGCCGCUGCUGUCGACGCGCAUGCUGGAUCGGCUGACCGGCUCGCAGGCCACCACCCUGCUGGAGGUGGUGGUGCGGCUGCUGGCCACCGGCCAGGAGGGGGGCCCCUCCCCCCUGUCGGCCGAGGUGGCCGGGCAUCUGUGCGACUCGUUUGUGCGUGUGGCGGUGGCCGGGCCGGCGGAGGCCCGGCGGGCUCUGCGCGCCGGGGGCCUGGCGGCCCUGCCCGGGCCGGCCCAUGCCGGGGCCCUGCUGGCCAGCCUCCGUGCCCUGGUGGAGUCCGGCGAGGUGACGGUCCAUGGCGGGGCGGCCCUGCUGGCGCAGGUGGCCCGGCUGGCGGCCCGCGCCGAGGCCGGGCUCCCGGGGCUGGUGCACUUUGCGGACCGGUCGUGCGACCUGGCGCACCAUCCGCGGGUGAUGGCGGCCGGCGAGCCGCGCCGGCGCUUCUGGACCCGGCUGCUGAAGCACCUCGGUGCCGGUGCCGGGGCCGGGGACGAGGUGGCGGCCGGGCCGGAGGCCCUGGCGGCGGCCGCCCUGCCGGCCAUCGUGGCCCGGCUGCUGAGCCCGGAGCGUCUGGCCAGCCCGGAGGCGGACCUGCGUGCCUCGGUGCAUGAGGCGCUGGCCGAGCUGGCGCUGCUGUGCCCGGCCGACACGCUGGACGCGGUGCUGGUCUUUGCCGAUGGGCUGCCGCGGCUGGCGGAGACCCUGACCCCGGAGGACCUGGGCAUCUACCGGACCCCGGUGGGGCAGCUGUUCCGGGCGCCGGCCCCGGUGGAGGGGUCGGGCCCGAGCGGCGGGUCGGCCCGGGCCCCGGCCGGGGGGGCUCGGCGCCCGGGCGCCGGGGCCGGGCCUUCCAAGGCCGAGCUCGAGGCCAUCGAGGCCCAGCGCCAGGCCGAGCAGGCGGUGCGCACGCGUGUCACCGGUGACAUCCUGCUGGCCGACUCGUUCCUGGACCUGGUGCGGGAGCUCCUGGCCCGGGGCCCGGAGAUCGUGGCGCUGCGCAUUCCGGAUGUCAUUGCCCGGGUGCUGCGGCCGGCCAUUGCCUUUGGGCCGCUGUCCGACAAGGCCAUCGACACCUUCAUGCGGCUGUCGCUGUGCCUGCCGUCGCCCUUCGGGCAGAUUGACCACCUGCCGGCGGCGGUGCUCAAGGCCCUGGAUUGCCGGCCGGCCGAGGCCGGGGCCUCGGCCCUGGACUUUGCCCAGCUGGCCGAGCUGAUGGAGGCCCUGUAUGAUCCGCUGUCGACGUCCGGGCCGCUGCCGGGGCCGGCCUUCUCCUUCAUCGUGCCGCUUCUGCGGGCGGUGGUGGACUUCCCGCAGGCGGCCGCGGUGGAUGCCCUGACGACGGCGCUGCUGGACACGCCGGGCUUCAUGGACACCGACCCGUCGACCGGGGCGGUGUUGAAGCCGCUGCGCGGUGCCAAGGCCAAGGCGGCCGCCGCGGCCGCGGCCGCCGCCGCCGCCGAGGAGACCACCGAGGAGGGCGGGGAGGCGGUGCCGGCGCGCGUGCGCGCCGCCCGCAAGGCCGUCGCCGACUAUGUCACCACGCAGUCGAUUGUGGCGGAUUUGGUGAGCCUGCAUGCGGUGCUGCUGGAUGAUCCGCUGCUGCCGCGCAAUGACCUGAUCCUGGCCCUGGCCGGGGUGCUCAACAGCCGGACCGAUGCCUCGCACUUGGCGCUGGACUCGCUGAAUGUGGUGGCCCGGCAGCUGAGUGCCGCCGGCAAUGUCAGCCCCCUGGAGUAUGGCACCCUGCUGGGGCUGGCCGCCUCGCCGGAGGCCAUUGCCCGGCUGGCCAUGGCCCGGGCGUUCAAUGUCCUGCCGGCGCCGGGCCCGGGCACCGGGCCCGAGGCGGUGGUCCGGGAUCUGGACCAGCGCCUGACCUAUGCCCUGUGGCUACUGCGCCACGACCAGACGGCCACCAACUUCCAGGAGCACAUCCGGGCGGCGGCCGAGGCGUCGGCCGCGUUGACCCACCGCCCGGGCCAGCUGGAUGAGGACUUCCUGCCGCAUCUGCUGGGGUACCUGGUGUCGCGGCAUGCGGAUGUCCGGGCUUCCGGCAUCGCGGCCGUGCGGGCGGCCCUGGACCAGGCGGCCGGCGGGGCGGCGACCGGCCGCGCGCCGACCGCCAUCUCGGCCCGGGCUCUGAAGCACCUGCUGGAGGAGUUUGCCACUCGCAUCCGGGCCUCGGUGCCGGAGCUGGACAAGUUCGGCCGGCCGAUCAUCACGGCGGCCACGCAGCAUGACCACUUCGAGGCGCGCGUGACGCUGGCCCAGACGAUCGAGGCGUCGGCCCGGCACUUUGCCUCGGCCGAGGAGUGCCUGGACACGCUGCACUUCAUGGUGGGCCAGGCCUUUGCGGACAUCCAUGCGCGGGUGCGCGAGGCGGCCAUCGCCGCCAUGGCGGCCCUGAUUGCCGAGCACGGUGGCCGGUACCUGGACCAGCUGAUGAGCCCGCUGGAUGCGCAGCUGAAUGAGCCGGAUGCCGGGACCAUCGAGCAGGACCGCGUGCGCGAGGCCGUGGUCAGCAUGGUCGGCCAUUUGACCGUGCACCUGGGCCAGGGGAAUACCACGGCCCGGGUGGUGGCCGUGGUGGAGCGCCUGCUCAACACGCUGGCCACGCCGUCGGAGCCGGUGCAGUAUGCCGUGGCCCAGUGCCUGCCCCUGCUGACGGACUUCCUGCCGGCCGACACGCGUGUGGCCUACACCGAGCGCAUGCUGGGGGAGCUCUUCUCCACCGACAGCUAUGUCAUGCGCCGGGGUGCGGCAUGCGGGGCGGCCGGGCUGCUCCGGGGCCAGGGCCUGCCGGCGCUCAAGCGCUACCAUGUGGUGGACCUGCUGGAGUCGCAUGGCGGGGCCAAGGCCUCGACGGGCGCUCGCCAGGCCGGGCUCUUCCUGAUGGAGGCCCUGUCGCGGCUGUUUGGCCGGUCCUUCGACCCGUACCUGGUGAAGUUGCUGCCGGUCAUGCUGGCCGGGCUGGGCCAGUCGGAGACCAUCACCCGGCAGGCGGCGUCGGCCGCGUCGGAGUCCUGCAUGCGGCAGAUCCACCUGUCCACGGUGCGGCUGCUGCUGCCGCUGCUGCAUGAGGGUCUGCAAGACCGGCAGUGGCGUACCCGGGCCUCGGCGGCCGAGCUGCUGGGCCUGCUGGCGACAUUGGCCCCGCGUGCGUUGGGGUCCUUCCUGCCGAGCCUGGUGCCGACGCUGGUCAACACGCUGGUGGAUGCCCAUGAGAAGGUGGGCGCGGCGGCGCGCGCGGCCCUGCAGCACAUCAGCAGCUGCAUCACCAAUCCGGAGAUGCAGUCGCUGGCGCCGCUGCUGCUGCCGGCGCUGGCGGACCCGGCGCGCGGCACGCUGCCGGCCCUGCGGGCCCUGCUGGGGCUGGUGUUUGCGCACAUGAUCGAUUCGGCCUCGCUGGCGCUGCUGAUGCCGGUGCUGAUCCGGGGGCUGUCCGAGCCGACGUCCGACGUCCGGCGGAUUUCCUGCCAGAUUGUCACCAACAUUUCGGCCCUGGUGGACCCGGCGGACUUGCUGCCGUAUGUGCCGCAGCUGGAGGCCCGGCUGCGGGUGACCCUGCUGGAUCCCUUCCCGGAGGUGCGGAAGAUUUCGGCCCGCGCGUUGGGCACCCUGGUGACGGCCUUCGUGGACGAGCAGGCGGCGUCGGCCGCGGCCGAGGAGGACGCCCUGGCGGCGGCCGCCGACCCGGCCACCGGGCGGCUGGCCACCACCAUGCGCACGGUGCCGCAGAUGCCGGGGCUCCUGUCCUGGCUGUAUGCCACGGUGGAGUCGCAGUCGAGCUUGGGCGCGGUGGAGCGCUCGGGCGCGGCCAACGGCCUGGCCGAGGUGCUCUACUGCAUGGACCCCACCGGGGCCCAGCUGCGGGAGCACCACCUGCCGGCCAUCCUGGAGAAGGCCCGGUCGCCGCUGCCGCACGUGCGCGAUGGGUACAUGAAUUUGCUGGUGUACCUGCCGUCGACCUUCACCACGCAGUUGGAGUCCAGCCUGAACCAAUUGAUCCCGGUGCUGCUGCAGGCGCUGGCCGACGAGUCGGAGAUGGUCCGCGAGACGGCCAUGCGCGCGGGGCAGAUGCUGAUCACCAACUUCUCGGAGUCGGCCACGGAGCUGCUGCUGCCGCGGUUCCAGGAGGGGCUGUUCAACGAGAACUGGCGCAUUCGCCAGUCCUCGGUCACCCUGCUGGGGACCAUGCUCUUCCAUGCGAUCGGUGCCUCGGGCAAGACCCAAACCACCGGGCUGGUGGGGGAGAACGAUGGGAUUGCCUCGGCCCAAAGCCAGGCCAUCAUCCUGGAGUUGCUGGGCCGCAGUCGCCGGGACACCAUCAUGUCGUCGCUGUACCUGCUGCAUAGUGACACGCACUUCCAGGUGCGGUCCACCUCGCUGCACGUGUGGAAGACGGUGGUGCGCAAUACCAGCCAGAUGCUUGGCGAGCUGAUGGCGGUGCUCAUCCGCCAGGUGAUUGGCCUGCUGUCGUCGGACAUCCCGGAGCUCAAUCACCUGGGUGUGCGUGGGCUCGGGGACCUGGUGAACAAGUUCAGCGAUCGCAUCCUGCAGGCCAUGGUGCCGGUGCUGAGUGCCACCCUGCUGGCGGAGUCGGGCGGCGCGGCGGCCGCCAUGGCCACCGCGGCCGGGGCCGUGCCCUCGGAGCAGGCGCGCCUCGGGGCCACGCUGGCCCUGCAGGAGGUCCUGGCCCAGGCGGAGACCAAUCACCUGCUGCGUGUGCUGGACGACCUGUCGGCCUGCGUGCGUGUGGGCCUGUGCGAUCCGUGCGAGGAAGUUCGGACGGUGGCCGCGCGGGCCUUCUCCCGGCUGGUGGAUGUCACCGGGGGCGCGUGCCUGGAGGAGAUCGUCAGCCAGCUGCUGGCGCCGCUGCUGGACGAGUCGCUGGAGCCGGAGUCGGCCCUCCGGCGGACGGCCCUCAGCGGCCUGAAGGAGGUGGCCAUCCUCCGCGGGCCGCAGGUGUUCCCGCUGUUGAUGGAGCGCCUGUUCAACCCGCUGACCGUGGCCGGGGCCCAUAUCCUGGGCCAGUUGAUUCCCUUCGCCGGGCAGGCCCUGUCGCAGCAUCUGUCCGCGGUGCUGGACAGCAUUGUCGGGCUGGUGGUGGCCAACCCGGCCGAGCGGGGCACCCUGCUGCCGGCGGCCGGGGCCAUGUUGGCCUCGUUGGAUUCCGGGUCCGAUGCCCUGCGGGUGGUGCUGUCGGACUUGCGGCCGCUGGUGCAGCAUAACCGGCCGGAGGUGCGGGAGUUCGCGCACAAUCUGCUGGCCGAGCUGCUGAGCACCGGGUCCGGGGCCGGCGGGGAUGCCGGCCGGGCGGCCGGCAUUGCCGUGCUCAAUGCCUCGGCCCUGGUGCGGCUGCUGGGCCGGGGUCUCAAUGACCCGGCCGAGGAGGUGACCCGGGCGGCCCUGGCCGGGCUGGAUGCCCUGGUGGCGGCCACCCCGAAGGCCAACUACCCGGACAAUGUGCAUCUUCUCCGGCAGACGGUGCUGGCCGCGGCGGCCAAUGCCCCGGCCGGGGGGGCCACGGUGGCCGCCCUGAACCUGCCCCGGGGGACGUCCUCCCUGGCCGGGCUGUAUGUGCAUGCGCUGCUGAAUGGCCAUGCGGCGGAGCGCGAGCAGGCGGCCCUGGCCUUGGCGGACUUGCUGCGGCUGACUCGGCCGGAGGCCUUCCGGACGUCGACCCUGCCGGUGGCCGGUGCGCUGAUUCGCCUGCUGGCGGACAUGAGCCCGGCCGCGCAGGCGGAGUCGGUGCGUGUGGCCGUGCUCGGCACGCUGCAUGUGAUGCUGAAGCACCUGGGCCCGGCCUUGCGGCCGUUCAUCCCCCAGCUGCAGACCACGCUGCUGCGUGCGCUGGGUGACGAGGGGUCGGCGGCCAUUCGGGCGGCGGCCGUGCCGAGCGUCGGGGCCGUGGCCGUCAUCCACACCCGGCCGCUGUUGCUGCUGACCGAGCUUCAGGCUCAGCUCCAGCGGCAGCCGGUGGCCCCGGUGCGGGAGGCCCUGUUCCGGGCGGCGGCGGCGGCCCUGCGCCAGCUGCCGGCCGAGCAGGCGGCCCCGGUGGCCCUGGCCGUGCAUGAGCCCCUGGCCGCCGGGCUGCUGGAGAUCGUGGCCGAUCGUCGGGCUGGUCGUGGGCUGGCCACGGCGGCGGUGGACGGCAUGGCCGCCCUGCUCGGGGCCCUGGGCCCGGAGGAGGCCCAUGCCCUGCUGUCGUCGCUGGUGCAGGAUCUGGAGGAGCUGGCGGCCGCGGUGGCCGUCGAUGAUGGCGCCAAUCGCGAGUCGCUUGAGCGCUACCUGGAUCUGCUGGGCCGGCUGGCGGCCGAGCGUGCCCCGGGGGCGGCGGAUGAGGCGGCGGCCAUGGCGGCGGCCCAGCCGCUGCAGCGGCUGCUGGUGGCCGAUGUGGGCCUGCUCCGGCAGCUGCAUCGGACCCUGCGUGGGCUGAUGGGGGUGCUGCAGUCGCGGCCGGCCGGCGCGGCCGUGGCCCAGGCCAUCGGCCAGUUGCUGGCCUUCGUGUCGCUGCUGUGGACCCAUGAGCAUGGGGCCCUGGCGGAGGACCUGCUGGCGGUGCUGGCCGGUGUUCUCCAGCAGACGGACAAUGAUGAUGUGCGCCUGGCGGCGGCCGGGGCCGUGCGCCUGGCGGCCAAGCUUCGCCCGAACGAGCUGGCCUUCGGCCCGACGCCGGAGCGCGUGCACACCCUGGCCCCGGCCCUGGUGACCGCCUCGGCCAAGGGCAGCUCCCCGACGGCGGCCAUGGCCCAGCGGGCUUUGGUCUACCUGUUUGCGCUGUUCACCGAGACCGACACCCAGCUCCAGGCGUAUGUGGACUCCGGUCCGGAUGCGGCCCUGCCGGCGCGCACGUGGCUCCGCGAUCGUCUGCUGGCCGCCGUGCGCAAGGGCACCGUCAAGGUGGCCCUGUCGGAUGACGAGGAUGACGAUGUGGCCGCGUGAGGAGGAGGAGGAGAGGGCGGCGGCGCCAAGCCGACCGAGGAGCGGCUCGGCCCGGUCCUCCCCCACCGGGGGGGCCCUUUUCCGGCGCCCCCCCCCCCCCCCCCCCCCCCCCGGGGGGG